AUUGAUAAUUGUAAUUUUGAUAGCUCUUGAUUCGUUCGUCCGCUGCUAGCAGAAUGGCAUCAACUUUUCAUUUUUCCACUGAAACGCCUCCAGAUUCGAUGUUCAGUGACAUUCAGUCUCUCAAUAAAUUCAAUGAAGAGCAAUUUUCUAAGCUUGUUGCAGUUGUCAUCAGCUUUCUUCUAGAACCAAAUAAGUCAAGUAAACUAUUGGGUCAACUGGAUGAAUUUGCAGAUGAACAAGGAGUCAGUGGACCAGCACUUAGAAAUGUGGUGAAAAGCCUUUUAGCUGUACCUUACAGUGCUGUGAGAAAGAAUUUAAGCCCCAGUGACCUGAAAGAAGACUUUGUAAAUCUUGGUCUAUCAGAAGAGAAAGCUGGCUAUGUAUCAAAUGAGUGGAAGUGUAAUCUGGUUGGAUUAUCAAGGAGUGCAGUGGGCCAAACUCUCACAGUGAAUCAACUGGUUGACAUGGAAUGGAAGUUUGGAGUGACAGCUGCAAGCAGUGAACUUCAGCAAGUAGGAAGCACAUUCAUUCAGAUGAAGCUGGUAGUCAACAAGGGUAACAAGACAGAGAAUGUCUACAUGGAGCUGUCGGUACCAGAGUUCUACUCAUUUUUACAUGAAAUGGAGAAGGCCAAAGCAAGCCUGGAGUACUUCAGUUAGCAGGGCAGAACAUUAAAUAGCUUGAGAUGUUUUUAAUUGCCCUAAGAUAGGGUUUAUACAUUGGUCAAUUGUUAAUAUAAAAAUUGACUCUAUUGGACAUUCCCAGAAAAUUGAAGAUAUUCUCUGUGAUACACGUACUAUUGUAGGAAUAAAAGAGAAUAUAAAUAUAUUUUUUCUCUCUCUUGUUUUCAAAGAACAAGUGGAUAUGAAAUACCCUCUUUGUAAUCAUAGCUAAUAUUUCUUUUAUAUUAUGAGAAAAUGUACUUUCUUUGCAUACCGGUACAUGUUUUUGCCAAAACCAACUGUACUUUAUGUAGGAGAAACAAACCAGGUUAUUACAAGAUUACUUUUAUUAUUUUAUAUAGACUUUGCCUUAGAUCUGAUGCACAUUCGUGCCAGCUUAUAGCACUAUACACUAUAUGGGGUUGGGGUUGGAAGUGGUGUCUCAGCAUCGUGAGUCUUAGAUGUAAUCUUAUGUUCUCGUAGAUCAUUUACAAUCUGCUUGAAGUCACUCAAGGAGUCAAAUUAUAUAUAUAUAUACCUGUUUACAUAUACCUGU